GUUACAUUUUUGUGGCAGAUGCUGGCUUUUCCAGCAGCUGUGAUAUGAAAUUGAUUGGGUAUAAAUGUACAGAUCUGAAUGAAGUCAGCUUUACAACAUGAGAAGGCAAGAAAUGUGACUUCAUGCAGGCGACUUUACAGUAAAUAUAUUGGGGUAUAGCAUAGCUGUCACUAUGGCAACGAGCGCUGUUCCCAGCGACAAUCUCCCCACGUAUAAGCUGGUAGUGGUGGGGGAUGGGGGAGUGGGGAAGAGCGCUCUCACCAUUCAGUUCUUUCAGAAGAUCUUUGUUCCUGAUUACGACCCCACCAUCGAGGACUCCUACCUCAAACACACUGAGAUUGAUGCCCAGUGGGCCAUAUUGGACGUUCUGGAUACAGCAGGCCAAGAGGAGUUCAGUGCUAUGAGGGAACAGUACAUGAGGACUGGGGACGGGUUCCUCAUUGUGUUCUCUGUCACAGACAAGGCCAGCUUUGAACACGUGGACCGCUUCCAUCAACUCAUCCUCAGGGUGAAGGACCGGGAAUCCUUUCCUAUGGUUCUUGUGGCCAACAAAGUGGACCUGCUGCAUUUACGUAAAAUACCCAGUGAUCAAGGGAGGGAGAUGGCUAGUAAACACAGUAUAGCUUACAUUGAAACAAGUGCUAAGGACCCAGCCAUGAAUGUUGACAAGGCGUUCCACGAGUUAGUUAGGGUAAUCAGGUAUGUUACCGCCACAGAUUAUUUAGAGAAGGUUUGUCUGUUUGAUACAAAUGCUAUGAGAGUCUUUCUCUCUCUCUCUCUCUCUCUCCCUCUCUCUCUCCCUCUCCCUCUCACCCAGGCAACAGAUUCCAGAGAGGAGCCAGAAAAAGAAGAGGAAAACCAAGUGGCGGGCCGACAGGUCCACUGUCUCCCACAGACUGCACUGUGUUGUCCUAUGAUGGUUUUUACUUGUACAGCUGCUCCCUACAAGACAGCGGGAAGAUGAUUACAUUUAGGAGUGUUUACUCUCUACAGAGUGCCAGGAGGCAGUUUGUACCCUCUACCCUGGCACAUGAGUUAGGUAGUAGGAAGUUGCCCAGACAUGGGAUGUGACUGACUCGCCCUAAAAGGACCAGUGGAAUAAUUUACAGCUCUUCUGGGGAUGUGCACUAACUUCCUCAACAACAUGGAGAUAAAGUGGCAUCACUUUAGCAUUACUGCCUUUAUCUACCAAUGAAGCUCUUUGACAGAGAAACUGGACAUAUGGGCUCACAAAGAUAAUCUGUAAAUAAUUAGACAUACUGUACGCUUUACUAAGAGGUAGGCCUUUAAACAUUGUUUUACCAAGAGGUAGGCGUUUAAACAUUGUUUUACUAAGAAGUAGGCCUUUAAAACUUGGUCCAUGUUUUCAUUAAGAUGGAGGCCAUUGAGUAAAGCACAGGAAGGAGGGAGGAAACAGAGAGCUUUUCCCAGCGAGGGGGAGUAUAGUAGAGAGGGGAGUGAGAGGAGG